AAGGUUUCUUAGAGAAAGUCAGUCAAAUCUCGUACCCAUGAAGCAGCAAGGACAAACUAAUUGAGAUCAGGGGGUUUCCUGCCCUCUCUGUCUGACCAGAGUACCCGUUCAUCUAGGUCUCAAUUGACCUCGGACCUCCAGGACUCUGCCGUCUUGAUCUAGCUCUAUGGAUGUUCGCUCAAUGUGACCUAGGAAUCCUGACAGCGAGAUGUCGCUAUGUACACCUUGCUUCUCGUUAACAAUAUAAUUGUCUAAACCCACCGGAACUAGGUGAAAUCCGACAGCAGUAUGAUUCACAUAGAUGACUAACUUGUAUGCUGUGCUGCUUCUGAUGAUCAGCUAGGGGAGUGGCGGCCAACAUGGGAAGCGAUAAGGGCAAAUGGUGACCAGCAACCAGUGUUUCUCAUGAAGAAGUCAAGUUUGAAUCCGCUAAAUAAAACUUUCGAUGUUUUCCUGGGAACAAACAUUUCCAUGAGCAGGCCCGACUUCACAAUGAAACGCGAAUUUUUUUCUAACAACUACACCAUUUGCUACAACGACGAGCCCAUAGCCCAGGCUUUUGAGAAACUAAGCUUUGCAAAGACAAGUUACAUGGUGAUAGUUAAGCGUGGAGUAGAUCGAGCUUUCAUUACCUCGUUGGUUGUGAUUAUUAUAAUAAUGAUUCAGGAAACGAAUAGCAACAGGCAUAGUCAUCGCUGACCUUUUCCUUUCCUUCAUCGUCAUCAAAUAUCAGAUUUUCCUUUCCUUAUCAAAUAGCAGGUUCUUAGCAGUUACAAUUGUUAAUAGAUGUUCGUAUCGGAUAACCAUUGUAGCUGAAGAUUCCACGGCCGUCAGUGUUUACAUUUUGAAUUCCAAUGUCUGGUCUCAAUUUUGAGACUUACAAUUGUAUGUAAAAUUUUGGAACUAUGUCAUGGCUCGAGACGUUGGGUCGAUUUGAGUGGAGACACGUUGAGUUCGAGUUGGAGUCGGGGAACGUUGGGAGUCGGCUAACGUUGGGCCGCGGCAGACGGGCGAGGAGCGUUGGAUGGAGUCGACACCUUCCAGGGAUAUAUUUGAGGCGAGCUCGAAGAACUGUCAGUUCUUCGAGUUGAGCCUUUCGCGUAGGGAUAUGUCAGUCCUGCUAGCUUCGACUCUGAUUCUACCUGCGGGUUGUGAGUUUGGCUUGACUCUCUAUGUACAGUUUGUGUUUCGA